GUAUUUUGCACUGGCAACUCGUCAAACACCCAUUCUUAUACAGCAAAGGGCAGCACCGCAGCAGGUGAGUGCUCCGCGGGGGUCGGUCCAAGAUGAGAGGCUCUCUAAGCCCAGCCUAACAGAAGGAUAAGACAGAUCCACCUCAGGCCCAUGGUAGAAGGGCAGGCAUCUUGCUGGAAAAGGCCAGAACUCUUCCAAGGGGAUGCUCCAGGGAGUCUUUUGAGGCAGCCGUUGAGCUGGGCCCGGAGGGUGAGCAGCAUCCUCCGAGCGGCCCUACGGCCGCUUUAGGACCGGAAAACAGCAUUCCACCUGCAGGCCUCCGGCCCUCACGGCACCCACCAAGAAGGAAAGGUGACGCCCGGCUCCGCUUGCGUGCCGAGUCCCGCGUGCCUUACCGAGGACGCCUGCGCAAGUGUCUCCGGGGCAUCUCCCCGCCCUGGCGCAGGCUUACUGUGUAGGUGGGCGAAGGCGGUCGGCAGCCGCGGGCCAGCUCCUCCGGCUCCUCCGUAGCCGCGCCGCUCGCGGCCGGCAGGGUUCGCUCUCCGCGGAGCCUGUCCUGUUCCCGGCCGGCCAGCGCCUGCGCCUGCGCGGCGCUUCCGCCGCUCGGCGAAGGGAGAGAGCAGCCCCACUGCUGCGCGCUGGGACUAAGAUGGCAGCGGCGGCCCGGCUGGGCUGGGGAGCUGCGGCUGCUGCCGCGGGGCUGCGUAGGCGAUUAUGUCCUAUGAUGAAUCCAUACACCGUUAAGAAACAGCUUCUGCAUCAUUUUGUACAAAGACCACUUUUCCAACUGCCUGCAACCUUAUGUAACACAGUGAGACACAUGUUUAUUCAAACACAAGAUACCCCCAACCCCAACAGUUUAAAGUUUAUUCCAGGAAAACCAGUUCUUGAGACAAGGACCAUGGAUUUUCCCACACCAGCUGCAGCAUUUCGCUCCCCUCUGGCUAGGCAGUUAUUUAGAAUUGAAGGAGUAAAAAGUGUCUUUUUUGGACCAGAUUUCAUCACUGUUACAAAGGAAAGUGAAGAGUUAGACUGGAAUUUACUAAAACCAGAUAUUUAUGCAACAAUCAUGGAUUUCUUUGCUUCUGGCUUACCCUUAGUUACUGAGGAAACAUCUUCAGGAGAAGCAGGAUCUGAAGAAGAUGAUGAAGUUGUGGCAAUGAUUAAGGAAUUGUUAGAUACUAGAAUACGGCCAACCGUUCAGGAAGAUGGAGGAGACGUUAUCUAUAAAGGCUUUGAAGAUGGCAUUGUACAGCUGAAACUCCAAGGUUAUGGAUGAUGAAUCAGAUGAAAAAGAAGCAAACUCACCUUAAAAUAAUUAGAAUUUUCUUUGGGCCCAGCAGUUGGACUUAUUGAUAAUAUAUACAAAGCUUUUAUUGUUAAUCUGCUAAGGAACUUGAGGAUUAAUAAAAUAUGCCCCUUUUUCAGAGACUGAUACAUAAAUAUUGCAAUGUUUGCUUUA